AUGAAUUCUAAACACUCUGAGUCCCCCUCUUCUACAUUACUCUUAACUGCAAUUUCCGCUAAGAAUCAAGAAAGAAAUACCCAAUCUGGAAAUAUAAAACUGCGUAAGAAGUUACUGAGAGGUAUCAAGUUCAAGAAAAAUUUAAAGGAGAGAGUAAAAAUUUCAAGAAGCUUGUCCAGAGAAACUCCAAAAUUUCCUCGUAAGUCUCUUUUCUUUUUUGUAAAAAUUUUGUUUCGCAACAUUUUUCUGAUUCUUUGUUUAGAUAAGAAACGAAGGGUAAAGUUAUCCCUGAGCCUACUUGUUAAAAAGAAAGCUUGAAGAUCAACCCCUAUAAAACUAAACUUAUCGAGGAAUGCUAACAGCACAAUUAAAGGCCAUAGCAGAAAUACCGGAGUCAACGCUAGCUUCGAGAGGUUCAUCUCUCACGAUCAUGUUUCUGCUCUAAAGGAGAUCAAUGAGUCGCUUAAGAGCUAUACCGAUUGCCCUACACCAGAGAAUAAAGCCACAGGAUUCCGGAACACAAUUUUUCAAGAAACAUCAGAGCCUCUUCACAGAUUGAGAUUAAGCAAAAUUAUGAAAGCCCACAGCAGUGUUGAUCGGAUGAGAGAGACAACCAUUAAUAAAUUUAUGAAAUCUCCAAGUCAGAUGAAUCCAUCUUUGAAGUUCCCUUCAAUAAGAAAGAAAAAUCAGGAUCCUAAGCAAGCUACUUCUAAGUGCCUGCAUUAAGCCUUCCAGGGCUUAGCUUUGCCUUGCUCAGUUCUAAAUCUCAGCACGGCUUUUUAUAAAAUACGCAUAAAACGUUCUUCGAUAAAAAUUCCUAC